AUGGCAGCUGGAGACCUCCCUGAUCUGAUCUCCAGAAACGGUUACCAGAUCCAGGGUGACCGUCUCUUUGGUGACGUGAUUUUUCAGGGUUGGCUGCUGCCCUUUCUGGAACUCUUUUGGCGUCUCCGGGUUGCAAAAGGGGAAGAUGAUCAUUCAGUUCCUUCGGCUUCCUCUUCCUUCCCUCCCACACAACAUGAGCAGCCUGGAGUCUCUUUGUUGCCACAGGCCAAAGAUGAACUGAACGAGACACCGGAGAAGCGGGAAUCAGCCAUAAAAGAGCUACAAGUCCUGGUCCAGGAGAGAGCCGAUGGAAGAGAAGACAUUUGUAAAGCAGUGGCUGAGAAAGUGAAGGGGAAAGACGAUGCCUUCUUCCUCCGCUUCAUCCGUGCCCGCAAGUUUGAUGUCAACAGGGCUUACGAUCUGCUUAAAGGCUACAUCAACUUCCGCAAGCAGUAUCCAGAGCUCUUUGAGAACCUGACCCCAGAGGCUGUGCGUAGCACCAUCGAGGCUGGCUACCCUGGCAUUUUGUCCAACAGGGAUAAGUACGGGCGGGUGGUGCUGCUGUUCAAUAUUGAGAGCUGGGACUACGAAGAGAUCACCUUUGAUGAGAUUCUCCGUGCCUACUGUGUGAUCCUAGAGAGGCUGCUGGAGAACGAGGAGACCCAAAUCAACGGCUUCUGCAUCAUCGAAAACUUCAAGGGCUUCACAGUGCAGCAGGCUUCUGGCAUCAAGCCUUCAGAACUGAAGAAGAUGGUGGACAUGCUGCAGGAUUCCUUCCCAGCUCGUUUCAAGGCCGUCUACUUCAUCCAUCAGCCUUGGUACUUCACUACAACCUACAACGUGGUCAAACCUUUCCUGAAGAACAAACUGCUGGAAAGGGUCUUUGUGCACGGUGAUGAACUGGACUCUUUCUACCAAGAGAUCGAUGCCGAUAUCUUGCCUGCAGAUUUUGGGGGCAACCUGCCAAAAUACGAUGGCAAAGACACAGCCGAGAAGCUUUUUGGGCCACAGAUCGAUGGUGAAGACACAGCUCUCUGAAGGAGGCGAAAAACAACAUUCCAAUCUAGAAAAUGGGGUCAGAGGUGCCACCAAACCCAUCCAUCCUAUUAUAUGUAGUGUUGGCUGAAAACUUCUAUCGUGAUUAUGGAACUCCAGGAUGCUCAUCUUCUUGCAUGAUCCUCCUGUCAUCAGACAGGGAGCAGAGCAGAGCAAAGACUUUGCUACUUCAAAACUUUGGAAGAAUGCCUCCUCCACCCACCCCUUUUACCUGCCUUCUGCCACAGAAAACUGGAAGACCUAGUGAGAAACGUCUGUGGUGAGAAGGCCAAGAGAAAAGAAGAACCGGAGUUACUGCUUUCUUGGUCCAUCUCGAAUCCAAGUGUCUGGGUACUGAAGAAGCUGAGAAGUGCCUUCUUCCCUUAUGUUUACUGGUUUGUUUAAUGAGCGAUAGAGGCAGCAGGGAAAUGUAGCAGGCAGUUAUGUAUUCUAGGGACCCAGUAGUGGUUGUGAGGGAAGGAAUGGCUAAGGAAGGAAAAGAGGGAAAGACAAAAUUGUAAACGUUGCCCGUGUGGACAGCAUGGACAGUUCACUCACUGCAGGAGAGUUCUGCCAAGAUCUGUUUUCAGUUUAAAAAAGAAACACCGACAAAUAAUAAUAAUAAAAUGUCAGAAGUGAAUCUGGCUGCUUUUGCAUUAGCUAUAGAUGAAAGUACCGGUAACGAGAGCUGCAUUGACUGCAUGCUAAAGUUAAGAAAAAUUGAAUUGCUGCAGGUUUUUUUAUU